UAAUGCAAAAACGCCCUCAUGCGUCACAGCAGUGCGCGUGUCGCCCCUGUUCCCUUCAACAUAGUUUGAUGCGCCACGCCCACUCCAUGAUUCCCCCUCAGCUGUUCCAGUAAGUCGCUCCCAGCCUCCACAUGCAUCCAUUCACAGACCCGCGCCGCUAGCCGAGCUGCAGGGGCCUCGGACCGGGAGGAUAUCUGCCGCCACGCGUCGGCCUGAUCCCGCUCCUCUGUCACUCUGGAACAACUUGUUGCGCAGCUGCUAUUUCAGACCUCCUCUGAGGUCCAGCGUUGCUUCCUCUCUCUCUCUCAGAUCAGCAAACGGUCCACCGAGGGCAGAUUCUGUGAAAAGUGGACAGCUGGAUGUCAGUGAUUUGGAAAGGGAUGGCUGUUGAAGGCGUCGGGGAAGCCUCCCGGGAUUUUGUCUUGGUCAUUAUGAUGAAGUCCUAGAAGUCUCCCCGGGGGCAUUGGUCGUAGGUCUCUAAUAUGAUCAGAGGGACGGGGGAUGCGGGUCAUGAGCUGGAAGCGUCCUUACCACGGACUGGACUGGAGCCACAGCCUCUUCUGUCUCACUUUACUCCUGUGGACGAGACGCAUGACUGGACUUGCUGACUUUUCAACAGACUACUUAUCCCGGAUCAUCAGCAGCCACUCAGCUCACGCCUGUGACGGAACGCCUCUGCGACUGCACUGUCCACGUCACUCCACCAUCUCCAUCCAGUCAGCCUUCUACGGACGCGGGGAGAUCCGCCUGUGCAGAGGGGACUCUCCGGGCAGACCCCACAACCACAGCUGUUCGGCUUUUACUGCUCUACAGAAGCUGCUUUCAGAGUGUCAGAGUCACAGAAUGUGCCAGCUGCCUGUCAAUCACCAGCUUUUUGGGAAAGACCCAUGCCCUGGAACCACCAAAUACCUCCAUGUGGAUUACAAGUGUAAACCCGCCGAACACAAAAGACACGUGGCAUGUGAAGGGGAGACCAUGGUCCUGCGCUGUAAGCCCCCCAGGGUGCUGGUCAUCUACGCAGCUGUCUACGGCCGAAGUCUGGCUCAGACCGACACCUGCCCCUCACACCUGACCAGACCACCCCCGUUCGAGUGUCUGAACCACGAGGCUCUACACUCGGUGUCCAAGUCCUGCUACAGCAAACAGAAGUGUGCUGUUGCUGUUGGCAACCAGACCUUCAGGGACCCCUGCUUUCCAGGAACCAGGAAGUACCUCAGUGUGCUCUAUUCUUGUGUUAUCCCACCAUCAGUUCCACAGACUCUUCUAAAGGAGGCAGACCCAAGCAUACUAAGCUCCACUGCAUUUCCUGUUACAGAAAAAGCUUCUCCAGAAGAUCUGGGAGAACCUUCGUCUAAAGGAACAAGAAAGCCAGAACAUUCUGGAGCUAUGAUGAGUAACUCUCUCCUGACCUACACCUACAUCAAAGAGCGCCCAGAGAUGGCGGCGCUGCUUUUCACCUCCAGUGUGUGUGUCGGCCUCCUCCUGACUCUGCUGGCUCUGUCCGUGCGAGUGACCUGCACUGGGCGUCACAGACUCACGGUCAGGUCUGCCAGCCAGACCGUAAACGUUCAGAAGGAGGAGGAGUACUGCGAAAACGAAACGGAGGACAGUGACGACGAGGGAACAGAGAGCUCCCUGCUCUCGCCCGCUGACAGGAAGGCCAUAUCUAACUGGGAGGAGGUGACUUAUGUGAGCGAGGCAGCCGACCGGGCCGAGAGGAUCGAGCGCAGAGAGAUGAUCAUCCAGGAGAUCUGGAUGAACUCAUACCUGGAGGACAGCUCGUGUUAGAUGUCGUAGGUCUCUUAGCAUUGCGUUCACAUGUUUGACCACAUUUUUAUUUUUACAUUGUAAAACACUUCUGUUUGCUGUAAUUUAACUCAGAAAUACUUGGAUCCACAAGCUCUGUGCAACAAAAAUGAUGGCCAUAUAACUGCUGUAUCAUCACCAGAUUAAGCUCUUCUUCACUGUCACAAACAGGGAAAGAUAACCGCUCAGCACCAUUAAGCUGACCAGACGUCCAUGCAUCUGUGUUGAUGCCUCAUUAUUCAGUAUCUCAACUGCUGCAUAGUUGACAUGAACCAAAGAACCGGUCAGGGGCCGUCCACCUGAAAGGAUCAGGACGUUUCAGCUCGUAUGUCGAAGCUCCCUCUAACAUGAAAUCAAUAAAUCAUAAUCACACUUUGAAAAUUCUCUCUUUACAUAAACCG